AUGCGGCCGCAGGCCGUGCUAGAGCUAUUCCCGGGAACGGUCGUUGCAGAGUUGUCGGCGAUGGAGUCGAUCAAGAUUCAUCAGCGGCCGACUGCAACACUAGAUGCUGCUGUUGCUGCUGCUGCUGCUGAGAAAUACUCGGCAUACACUCUCGUCAUUAUCUGCGCCAAUCAGCGAAGCGGAUCGUCGCUGACCGGUGAGAUCUUCAACACGCAUCCCGAGGUCUUCUACUUCUAUGAGCCGCUUAUUUCUAUAAACGAAUGGAAAGGCGGCCGCGCCCCCUGGUUACCAUGGCAACUCCGACAUCAACUAAGCGCGCAAAGAUACGGUGCCAUCGUGAAGAAGUCCAACGAUCUCAUCGCCCAAAUACACACCUGUAAUGACAGCCAGGUGGUGACGAUGCCACAAUACAAAAAGCGGUUGCGGAUGUUUGUGAGCACGAGCAAGGCGAUCGGCCAGGUGUUGGGCUGUGGUAAUCACAUCGAUGAGAUUAGGUGAGGGCUAGUAUAUAAUAGCCGCGUUCACACGUAGCAAGA